UUUGCUAUUUAUUUCUUGAGCUUGUGCACUUUAGGACCUCUUUCUUGUAGCGCAUUGAUCAUGAUAUAAAUAAUCUACGAUUUUACCUUACAAUUAAUUCCAACUAAAGUGAUUAUUUCGAGAUUUCAUUAUGCAUUUAGUAUGUUUUCAUAUUUGCAUAAUUGUGGAUAAUUUUGUGUUUUUGGAUACUUCUUAGAGUUUUACUAAAAUCGUCACACAUUUAUAUUUGUAAACAAGUAGCUAUCAUUUUCAUUGGAUUGUAGCAAAUUUUGCUAGUUGUAGUUUUUAUAGUGACCUGGUAAAAACUACAACUCCCAUGCUUAUGUGUAGGAGGGACCAAGCGUGAGGCGCACGAGCCCAGCAGCAGCAGCUGGCGCAGCCGAAGAGGCUACUUUGUUAGAGCCGAGGCACCGGAGAGAAAACGGCGGAGCUGAUUGUGGCUGGAAAAAGUGUGAACUGUUGGGGGAAAAGUGGUUAAACCGAAGGGCCUUCGGUGGGAUUUUUCUCGGUGGCGGCUGUUUGAUGAGCUCUCCAGCGCAUUUGAAGUUUUUGUUUUCGGCGUCAGAGAGAGGUCUGUUUAAAAGUUGAGCCGCGGAGGAGUUCUCUCAUUCAGGAUGUCGGACUGAGACAAAGAGGGUCUGGGGGGCAUUCCCAACGGAGCGCAGGUAAAACUUGAUUGUGGACGCCUCCUCUGAAUGGGAAGGAUGGAGAGGGAGCUGCAGUGGUGGAAAGGACAGCUAGCUUCAGACAUCCAUCAGUCCUUACGCAUUAAGGAGCUGAAGUUGCCCGUCUACCGGGCCAACUCUCCGCAGAUCGGCAUGCGACGCUACUUUGCAGACUUGUUGGCCAUCCUGAGCAAUCGGUACCAGCUGUGUCCCACGGCACGGCACCUGGCCGUCUACCUGCUCGACUUGUUCAUGGACCACUACGAUGUCGCUGUGAAACAGCUCUACAUCAUCGCCCUCUCUUGUCUGCUGCUAGCUAGUAAAUUUGAAGAGAAGGAGGACCGGGUCCCUAAGCUGGAGCAGCUGAACUCUCUGGGGUUUAUGUGCAGCCUAAACCUCGUUCUUGACAAGAGGGAUCUGAUCAAAAUGGAGCUGCUGCUGCUGGAGACCUUCGGCUGGAACCUGUGCAUGCCCACGCCCGCACACUUUAUCGACUACUACCUCCACGCCGCGGUGCAGGAGGGCGACCUCUACAACGGCUGGCCGCUGUCCUCCAUGUCCAAGACUAAAGCUUUUAUGGACAAAUACACUCACUACUUCCUGGAGGUUUCACUGCAGGAUCACGCCUUCCUGAAUUUUCGACCCUCUCAGGUCGCUGCUGCCUGCGUUGCAGCGUCUCGCGUUUGCCUUCAGAUUUCCCCGAGCUGGACAACUUCUCUCCAUCUGCUAACCGGGUACUCCUGGGAACACCUCACCCCGUGCAUUGAGCUAAUGCUGCUGGCUCAUGACAACGAUGUGAAGGAGGCCAAUAAAACCAAAUCCACCCCUCCCCACCGGCCCUCCUCUCUGCAGUCACAGCCGCAGACUUCCCACCUCUCACCGGUAUCUGCCAUCCAGAGACCGGCCUCCUCCUCCUCUUCCUCCACCUCCUCCACACCACAGUUGCUUUUCCAGCCCGACAGCUUCACACACCUCUCUCAGCAUUCCCCCUCUCUGUCCCAGCUCCAAGCACUUGCUGACUCUCAGGCUUUGGGCCCCGUGGUGAACAUGUCUCAGGAUUUCCUUCAGAGCCACAGGAUGGGCUUGCUAACGGGGGCGCCCUCCAUAACUGCAGGAGGAGCGUUCCCCUCCUACCCAGGCCUGACCUCGGGUCUCCAGCCCGGGGCCCGUGCACUGCCUCUUCAGAGCCCCAUCUCUGUGCAGAUGGCCCUCACUGGAGAACCACGACACUGCCUGAGCAUGGCCUACAGCGGGGGCUACCUGGGCACGCAUCACACCUUCACAGCCGGCUGCUUCGACAGGUGACGCCAGGAGACGGAGAGGGAGUCCACCGCAAUGCUUCCGUCCCACCUCCCCACCCCAAAAUAUCCAUUCACAGACCUCCUCUCCCUCUCCGUUGGCACGGCAACACCUCUAGCCACCCCAGCUUCUCCGCCGCUCUCGCAUAGACGGCUCAAGCGCAAGCAGAGGGCCAAAGGCAAGACAGACCCGGUGGAAGUCAUCACGCUGACGUGACGAAAGCCCCUCUGCCUCGAGUUAAACCCCGAGGCGCUGCAGAAAUCUCUCUGCCAUAAUCUGAACUGGCUUUAUAAAUGUAUGUUAUUAUGAGACUGUCAUCACUGUGAAUGAGAUGAAAGCAGCAGUGUGAUCAAACACCCACCUCAUUCAGUGCCUGCUCUCGGUCGUGUGUGUGAUAGCUGAGCCAAUUUUAGAAGUGCACAGAACACAACAUAUCUGUGGUAAAUGCGUCUUGCUGCUCAACAUUUUUUUUUCUUUUUACUUCUAAUCCCAAAAAUGUAACACAUUUCAUAGGAAAUCUGGCUGAUUAUAUAUUUAUGUAAGCCAACGUUAGACUAAAGAUAGAAUGAAGUAAAUGGAGGCCUAUUGCUUUACUGGAAGAACAUAAAAAGGUUAUGAAUGCCUUUCAGGUUGUUUUUUCCCUCCUAAAUCAGCUAGCAUUUGAUGUAAAGAGCUGAAAGGCUUUUCUCUGAGAAUUCCCCAGAGGAGACCAAGAACUCAUUGUUUUGUGCACAGCAGGUGACGUCGAUUGGCUCAAACAGGCCAGCAGUAUUCGUUUUUCUUCUUCCCCCUCCUCCUCCUCCCAAAGUUGAGCCCUCACCCAUGCAGGUGUGAAUGUGGCUCUCCUACAAGCUUUCUCAUACUGACGUUUUCAUUUCUGAAACACAAACUGAUGUGACUGGACCAGCCUGGUGAAGAUGACGUGCAGGUUUGUUGUGUUGUACAUAUGAAAUGCUGCUGCCUUCUCAAGAACUGCUGGUUCUGUCUGUGUUAAUGACUCCAAUGUUUACAUGAACCACUAUCAGGGACUUUAUCAAGAUUACUUGAAUAUGAUGCCAUUGAAACAUGUUAUAGCUUUUAUUUAUAACUUUUUAUUCUUUAUUUUUAAUGCUCUCAUUUUGUUUGAUGUAGUGUAGCUUAUACCAACUUAGAAAUCCACCAUGUAGUGUAGUUUUCUUUUUGUCUGCAUGUUCAGGCUCAGGUUUUAAGGCUGAAGCUGCCUUCUUUUCUGUCUCUGCUUUUUGUGCUUUAAAGUUGAUGCUAAUGUAGCAUCUGUGCCCCCCCCACCCCCCCUUUAUCACUGGAUCAUACUCUGUGUGUCUCACUAGCUGAAUGCAUUUUGCUGCAUAAAGGACCCUGUUUCAUAGUUGCUAGUUUCACUUUUGAACAUCUGCAGCCAGUCAUCUGUAAUUGCUUCCCAAAUUUGUAAAGCUGCAAUCCUCCAUCUUCCACUUCCUGUUAAAGUGUAAACACAUUCCCAGUUUCCCAGAGCUGAUCACAAGGGUUGACCACAGGUCACCAUGCUGGUGUUUCACAUGUUUAAAAGUUCUGUUUGAUCUAAAUUAGGAUCCCGAUUAUGGAUUGAUUGAAGUGUCCAGAAACCUAUAAUAUACUGAAAAUUCAACCCAAAGAAACAUUAAAUCAUGUGCAUAUAUCAUCAGUAAUUACCUACCUGUAGUAGAAAGAUGUCAUGUCGCUGAGGUUAUAGAAAAGUGAGCAACUCCAGAACGCGAUGGAAGGCUGACAGCUUUUUAGCAAAUAUUUAACAAUUUUUACUUUUGCUUUGCAAAGUUGCAUUGCGCAUCAAUUUAUCUCAUUAGCAGUAAGUUCACUCUGAGUCUCCCUGGAUAAAAUCUAAAAGACUACAAGAUUUACAAAAGGGCAUCGAUUCAGUUUUUCAUUCUGUUGCACUGACAGCAGCCUAUUCAGACUUAUAAAAACUUAUCAGUGGUCUCUUUUCGUAGUGUUGCUGUUUAAUAUUUAAUAGUAAAUUGUUGCAAUCCAUAGAUAUCUCUAAUUGUUUGUGUUUUAAAAUUACACAAAUCACUCAAAACUAGGGUCAGCAGCUGUUGCCUUUCCAUUACUGUCUUGUUUUAGAAGCUCACUGUAAUAUAAGAUCAUCUUCAACAGGAAAAGUAAUUAAUACUGAUAAACACUAAACCUCAGUCGAGAAAACCUGGAUUAUUCCUUGAAGUUGAACUGUCAAUGUUUUUGGUACUUUGAGAAACCAUUAAUCAGCAACCAAUAACCUAAUUUAGAUUAAUCAUAGCUUAAGAAAUGUAUUCCCACAGCAUGAUCCUGCCACUGCCGUAUUUCACAGCAGGGAUGGCGUAUUGAGGGUAAUGUGUCGUGUGGAUGAUCUACACAAACAUGAAUAAAACGGGAUGAAGUGACAUUGAUUUAGUCGGCUGCACAUCAACACACAGGCACAAAGUGAACCAGUCAGUUGUGUGUUUGUUUCCAUCAACAAAUAUUUAGGGAGAAAUGAGGCAGAUGCACCACAUAGGAUGACCAAAUAAUACAAAUAAAUGAGAGUGCAUUCUUUCUUCAAGAGAUAAGGGAAUGGCUACUGAUAACUUUGUAGAAUUUCACUUAAAAUAAAACAAAAACUCCAGUAUCUCUUAAAGUUAAUUUUCUAUGUUGUCUGCUAUUCUAGGCAGAGAAGUAAAAAUCACAGUUACUGGCACCAAACCUGGAUAUUUAGUUCCACUGUGUGUGUUUAUUUUGGACGAUUGCUGUGUGCUUGAUUUACAGGCACUAAAAAGUUAAACUACUAAAAUGUUCAAAAUGAGGGUUUGAUGUUUUGGCUUUAAAGUUAACCAUAAUCUUGUUUGUUGUGGACACUGGGCAUCAUGGCCGUGCUUUUACAUCAAGUCCCUGAACGUGUGCAAACAGUUCUCCCUAUGUGAGGCGUUCAGUCGCUGCAGCGCUCACUGGUCGGUCUGUUACAGCCUGGUGGACUUCUUCCAUUCACUGAAAACUACUUUUAAUGUCUUUGUCUGAAAUGACUUAUACUCUGUUCUCUAUUUUUCUUCCUCUAUGUACAAUUUUGUUAUAUUUUAUACAUUCCAUAUAUUUGAAUUUUGUUUUAAUUUUAUUGUUUCUGCUGUUGGUGUGAAUUAGGUUUGUUUUUUGUUGGGGUUUUUUUUGUUAGUUUUCUGUUUGCAACUUCUUGUUAAGGUGUCAAAAGGUGCAAUAAGUUGUCUUUGGGAUUUUGCUGACCACAGUCAUCACUGACUCAUGUAAACCACUGGUUCAACGUUAUUAACUUAUUUCUUUUUUUUCCUAAUUAAAUGUGUAAUUUGACUUGAUCUCCACUAGAGGGCAUUAGGCUCUGAACACAGUGAAUAUGUUGCAUAUUGCAGCUAUAUGCUACAAAUGAAAAGUAUUCCAGAAUACUUGGAGCUUUGAGUUUUAAAUGUUUUUGUUUUCCAUGUCCUAACCAUGAACGGUGCUGAUGCCACUCACCUCACCAGCCAACACCUGUUCUUUGAAAAUAGUGAUGAAAUGACACCAUAGGCAUUUAUUUUUUUUAUUUCUUAUAACAACUUGUAGUCUUGGUUUAUUUGACACUGAAUGAUAAAGAAUGUUUUAUCAUUGUGCCACAACAAAAUAAACCCACAUUUGAGUUGA